UCUCUGCACCUGCCCAGCAUUCAUGAAGAGCUGGAUUCUGUCCUAGGCACAGCAAGGUCAUAAUAAGGAGAAAAUGUUCCCAAGUGACACAAUGUUUGGUGUUUUUCUAGUCUCGCAGCUGUGCGUGGGAGUCGCGGGAAACUUGUUCCUCUUCCUGUUGUACAUGCACACCUUCUCAGUCCAGCGUCACAUGAAGCUUAUGGAUCCUGUUUUUUCCCACCUCACCUUGGCCAAUACUUUGACAAUCACGUUCACGUUGACACCACAUAUAGCGUCAUCCUUCGGAGUAAGACAAUUUUUGGACGAUGUUGGUUGCAAAGUAGUCCUGUAUAUGUACAGAGUGACGCGGGGUGUUUCCAUCUGCACCACCUGUCUCCUGAGUGCCUUUCAAGCCAUCACUGUCAGUCCCAGGAACUCUAAGUGGGCGUGGCUUAAAUUUAAGCUCCAUACACAGAUUUGUCCCUCAUUCCUUUUCUUCUGGAUCAUCAACAUGCUUAUAUACAUCCACGCCAUUAGAUCCAUCACAGCCAUUAGAAAUUCCACUCUGGUAGGUUAUGGCUAUGUUCAUGCAUACUGUCAAACGGGACCGUUUGGAAAACACAGUUCAUCAUCAUAUGUUAUUGUCAUACUGGUUCGAGAUCUGGUAUUUGUGUUCCUCAUGCUCUGCACCAGCCUGUACAUGGUGAGUCUCCUCCACAGACACCACAGGAGAGCCCAGCACCUCCACAGCCCCCACGUCUCCUCCCAGACAUCUCCUGAACACAAAGCCACCCACACCAUCCUCCUGCUUGUAGGUUGCUUUGUGGUCUUUUAUUUUGCAAACAACUGUUUGACACUUUAUUCCAUUUACACACACAAGAAAAUCCUAAGCCUAGAGGGGCUCAGUGGAGUUUUAUCUUCAUGCUACCCAACCGUCUGCCCAUUUUUGCUGAUGAAAAAUAAUAAAAUUGUUUCCCAAUUCACUUCAUCCUUUUCAGUGAUGGGAUUGAGAGGUUCGCAAAGGGCAUUUGAUGGCUAA